AUGAGAAAGAAAACCAUUGCUAAAAGGCCUCCUCGUGAAAAAGUUUACAAGCUUCCCAUAAAAUCUUCAACUUGCUCCCAAGACCGAACCUUUACUCCCUCUCCUUCUCCUCCUACCUCACCUCCUCAGACUGAUCCUAUGGCACGCACUAAAAACCCAUCUAGGGUUCCAUUUUCAGCCAAGCCAACUCCUCCUCCAAAGGAACCUUCUUCAAGGUCUGGAUCAUCAAAGCCGAGUUCUUCAAAAGGGAAAAGACCAGCAGCGCCUGAACCUGCCUCUGAGCCCCAUCAACCUAAGUCGAGGUCUGUUCCAUUACGUUCUCAGCGAGGUAAAACUCGAGUUCCCCUUAAAUCUGUUAGAGAACCUGACAUUGAUCCUUUUGCUCAUAAAUCCCACUUCAUGACAUCACAUUCCAACUAA